AUGGCACCUCGUCACAAGAACGACGAGGCGAUGAACACGAGUGAUGGCCCCCGCCGUGGCCGUGGCCGCGGGCGCGGCGCCAGACAGCGCUCAGGACGUCGGGGGCGUGGCAGGGCGGCUGCCCCCAUCUAUGAUGUGACUCCGCCCGCCGAGCCCGUUGCAGCGGCGGGUGGCCCCGAAGAGUCCCUCGGCGACAGUAGCUCUAGCGACGAGGAGGACUCUUUUUCGCCCUCUGCGUUUGAAGAGUACGUGCCCCAAGUCGACAGCGAUCCUACCGAUCCCGAAGCCCAAGCCAACAUCUUCAGCACUGAAGAACUAGAAGCAUACGCCGCCGCUUCAAUGGAUCAAACAAGUGAUGACAGUUUUGCGCCUGACAUCCAGGAGGUAGCAGCACCCGGCGAUGCCACACCAUCGUUUUCAGACCUCGACCGUACCACCCAAAGCGGCGCCGGUGAGCGCCACGUCUCACUCGACAUUCGAUCCACACCAAGUGCCGGGCAAAUCGAGGAGGAGCGGCGCAUCCAUGACUUUGUGGAAGGGGCGUCUCGUAUCAUCCCAGCUGAUGGUGCGCCGAAUGUGUUCGCGCCUAUGGGCAACGCCAAUGCACCGCCGACUGGUUUGACAGCGAGGGAGUGGCGGCGCACGGCGUUCACCCGCUUGUUGGAGCUGCCGGAUAGUGAUGGGCUGACCAGGCUGAUGGACUACUUCUUGCACGCCCUCGUCCAGAAUGGUCGGUCUAGAAACCCCGAUGCCCCGCCGGCUUCUGCAAAUGCCAUCCUUGAAGACGUCAUUGGCAACUAUCAGGGAUCCACUGACGCCAUCACUGCGACAUUGAGUAGCUUCCUCCAGCCUGCUGACAGGCUCGGCAAUUACGAUGCGGUGCGGGACACAACGUUGGAGCAGUGGAGGAUUGCAAUCGCGUACUAUCGUAUUCUACUAGCCCUUCGGGCUACAACAAUCUAA